ACAAUAAUUUAUUAUAAAAGUUAAAAAUUAAGAUACAAACAAUUUAUAAUUAAAUAUUAGUCAAGCAAAGACAUUUAUAUAAAAAUAUUUUCUAAACUAUUUCUAAGAUAUGAGUGUUUUAAAAAAAUUAACACAAUAAUAAGUAUAUAUUUUGAUGAAAAAUAUUUGACAUAUAUAAAUACUUUGAUGUUUGAUUUAAAAAGAUAAAUAAUAACUUUGUUAUUGUUUUAGAUUAAUAAGAGAUAAACUACUAAGUAUUCAUAAAAGAUUAUGCCCGCAUAUGCAGGCAAAACACCUAGUUAGUUCGUAAUAGAAACCUAAGCAUGAUUAAUGGAGUUCUUAGGAUGAGAUUCUUAGCAUAAUAUAAAAAAUCGUCUCUUAACUUUAAUUAAAAAAACUAAGAACUCCACCCUAAAAACUUCCAUCAAUCAUGCUCUAACAUAUCUUUCUCAGUUACCAUUGAAACCUAACAUCUCCCUCUGAGUUACUUCUCCUUGAUGAACAAUUUCAAUCACUUUUACUCAGUUUGUAAUUAUCCAGAAACUCUUCUUCCUUAAGUUGCUAAGCGGCAACCUUUUUGAAUAACCCCAUCUUGGGAACUGAUUGCAGAACCAGUCCAUUCUUAUUUAGGAAAGAAACAUAUUGGUAAAUACAGUUUUUUUUCUUUUUCAGCAAAAAGCAUGUUGUGAAUAAACUACCAGAGUUAGACGCGAACCAGAACUUAUAGAAUUUUUGUUACAAUAUUAUUAAAAAUUUGGAUCAAGCUAAGCCGCAGGUCAGGAAUAUAUGAGAUUAUGUUAUCGUAGCUUAGGAUUCAGAAAGCAAGAAAAAACACACAAAACAAAACCAUUGCAGUGUCUUCUUAAUAAACAAACAACUAGAUUGUUACAUCAAGCUGCCUCGUUAGAGCAACAAAAAAUCAUCAGAAUCAGAUUUGGCCUUCUCCUGGUCCAGUUUCGCUUUGAGAACAGACACCAUCAUUUCUAGCUUCUUGACGCUUUCCUCGAAUUGUUGGACUCUAAACCCAUAAGCCUCAUCUGCUUUCUUCUUCUCCAAGGAAACAUCCUCAAGAUUCUUCACACGUUCCUCAAGUUGUUGGACCCUCGAACCAUCAGCAUCAUCCUUCUUCCUCUCCAAGAAAUUGUUCUCAAGCUUUGACUUCAACCAGUCAAUCUUGAAACCCACUUCUUCCAGCUCACUCAAUUCGCUGUGAGAGAUGACUAGCUCAGCCUCUAAGUGACUCUCUGAAGGCUUAUUUAGUGUAUUGAUGAGGCCAAGAAGGACAUUCAUGUAUGCUGUCUUCACCACUUGGCUCUUUGGUUUGAAACCUAAUGCAAUGUCUGGAUGCUCUGCGAGACUGCGAAUAUCUUCUUCACUAAAGCAACCUGCAAAGGAGACUUAUGUUUAUGUUACUCAAAGAAGGAACCUAAAUCUAUACGUCAUGAAGCAACCCUACAACGCAUGCAAAGUUUUUUUAUACAAAAAGCAGAUUCUUGUAACUUACAUGAGAAGCAGAAACCUGAAAACCGUUGAUAUCCGCAGUCUCUUUCUCUGAUACAUCUUCGCUUUCUCCGUCCACAGCUUCAAUUAUAUAAUGUAGACUUCAAUGCUGAGACUGUCUUUUCCCAUAAACCAUUUCUCCUUAAGCUGGCUACGACGAAAUGCCUUUAGGAAGCCCCAUGAUGAAUCCUCAGCGUCCAACACUUUGCUUUCCACAACUGUGAAAAUAAAAAAACAUCAACCACAUGUUUAUCUACGUAUAUAGUUUUUUUUACUUUUGAAAAUUCAAACAUUAAUUCUUACUUGUUUACUGUCGAUCUGCACAUAAACUAAUCUUCACUAUACACUUCUAAAAUCUAUAUGUAUACACUAAACCUAGCUCUCUAGUUCAUAUAUUGGUUUGUAUAUUCCAAACAAAAAUCAAUAAUAACAGUUGAAAAAAAAAAAGAGCCAAACAUGGAACUGGAAGGAUAGAACUUCAUACUCUCAGAUCUGCAGCGCUCUAUCUUGCGAUGAUUCAACACGGUGAAGUAAAAACUAACAUUCCUUUUCCAUCCAAUUCGCAAUGAUUUAGGUUUUGUAGCGUGCAGAUACACAGACAAGUGAUCAUGAUUCAUGAGCAAGUUUCCUUCCCUUGGGAUAAACGUCGAGGUACCUGUAACAAAUAUUUAACCCCUGUUAAUAAUUGCUACGUGUAAUCGAAUACAUCAGAUCUUGGAGAAGAGAAAGGUUUUCAAAGAGUAUUCUUGUUGUUUUUUACCAUUCGCAUCCGCCAGCAACGAAUAUCUUAGAAAAUAUGCGAUCAGCUUUCUUCUUCUUCUUCCAUAACUCCUCUAUCUCAAACCUGAAGCUUGGAUUUUGACUCCACAUGUUUGAUCAAUUUGAUUUCGUGGUUCGAGAAGAGACUAAUAAAUUUCAGAAACUAUGUUUGAUACUUUCACACAUAAAGCCCUCUCUGCUUAUGUAGGAUGCAAAAAGAAAAAGCAAACAAAGUCUGAAACCCUUAGCUCAAUAGAAAAACCAAAAAAAUUUCAAAAAAAAAUAAUUAACUAAAAGCUAUAUCUCUAACAAAGAAACUAUGUCUAGAUCGUUAUCUCCAUUAAUUUUAAAUUUAUUAUACAAAAAAAAAUCGAUGAGAUAUAUAUAUAUACCACUAUAUGUUAAAGGAGAGGAACGGUCGAGGAAAACUUAAACCCAAUUAAAGGCCAAAAUGUUGAUGAGGGAAUUACCAGAUAUCAAGUUAUUUUAAACAAAAUCAAUAUUAUUUUUAAAAAAUCAAUAGAAUAAAACUAUUAUUUUAAAAAAAUCAAUAGAAUAAAACUAUUAUUUUAAAAAAAAUCAAUAGAAUAAAACUAUUAUUUCAUUUUCUAAUAUUAUUUUUGAAAAAUCAAUAGAUAUCAAGUUAUUAAAACUAUUUAUGAAAAUACAUGCAUAUUUAAGCGAUAAAUAAAACUAAUUUGAUUUGAUUUAACUAGAAUAAAACUAAUUGUACUUCAGUUUGAAUUUAAAAGAAUAUAUGUGACUUAAUAUACUCAAAUAUAUAUGCACAGAGAAAACCGAAGAAGCAAAGGUUUCCGACCUUCAUAAAUAUAUAUUAGUUUCGGCCAUCAAUAUACAAAGUAUUCUUUAAUUUAAUGGUACAAAUGUUGGUGUUUAUAUCUCAGUAACCCGAGUUCGAACCAUAUGUUUGACACUUUUUUACACUUUUUUAAAAGUAUGACCCAUCAAAAUGCUGACUUGUUGUGUGAGUGAACUGUCUCAUUAUAUUAUAGAUUACAUAAUCUUUUUUAAUUUAAUAUUUAUUUUACAUUUAUCUAAUGUCACCUAACGUAUGUUUAUUUUGGAAUAAGUUUGAACGAUAUUCCCCAUUUAAUCUUGAACGAAGGACGUAAUUUUAAUAUUACUUUAUGUUAUUCAACAAAUAUGUAAUCUUCCUGAUAUUCUAUUUGAUUUACGUAUGAACCAUAUUUUUGAUUGUAUGUAAUUAACUAUAGUGUAUGUUAACUUGAAUUAAAUAUUAUUGUAUACUAUAUUUUCCAUAACUCAAUGUAUCUAACUUUUCAAAUCUUUUUAUAUCGAAAAAGCAAAACUUAAAAACAAAAUAAAUUUCCAAAUUUUGAUUUAAACAUAUUUAGUUUAGUUGAUAGAAACAAAUUUAGAAUUUUAAAAUUUGAAAUCACGGAUUUUGUGCCAAAUUUUUAAACAUUUGUUUCCAUUUUGAAAAUAUUUUAAAAAUAAACAAGAGUAAAUCAAAUAUAUUUUUUUUUUAAAUUUGAGAAAAUCUAGAUUGAGAUAUUAAAUAUUAAAAUUUGAAUGUUGUUUAACAAAGAUUAUGGAAACUUAACAAUAAAAUAACAACUUUAAGAAUAUCCUUCCAAAUUCUUAUUAUUUACAAAAUAAUUUCAAUAUAUAAGAAUAUAUUUUACAUAGUAUUAUAUUGAUUCAUAUAUUAUAUCAAGAAAAUCUUAUUAAAAAUCAGUUUUUAACGACAUAAGAAGUCAUAAUUAUAAACAUACAAAUACUCACACACACACACAUCUAUAUAUAUUUAUAUGUGAGUAUUUAUAUGUUUAUAACUAUAAAUUUUUAUGUCGUCCAAAAACUAUGAAUUUUGCAACAGGUUUAGUAUGUUAACAAUCUUAAUAGUUUGUUUAUAUAAAGAUUUAAAAUCUGUCAUUAAAAAGAUUUUAAAUCAUGUAUUAUCAAAUACAAGACAUAUUGUACACACAUAUUUAAGCAUUGGCAUACCGAAAAGCAAACUGAAACAGAAUAAAAAAUAAAACCAAAUCCGAAUCAAUGUUCACAAAUAUCUGAACUGUUCAUAGAUAACAAAAAAAAAUCAGACCAAAUCGAAAACCAAGUGGGUAUCCGAAAAUCCAUAAUAUAGUUUAUAUACCUAAAAAUGUUAAUUAUAUUUAAUUUUAAAAUUAUCAAAUAUUCUAAAAAUAUUAUUUAUAAACUGAACUACCAAAAAACUCUAUUACCCUUUUUUGAAAUUAUCAUAAUUUCCCAAUAUGAUCGAGUCACCCAAAUAUUUUUAUUCAAAAUAUUCAAAUUUAUCCGAGUUAUCCGAUAUUUAUCCUAAAAAUUUCAAAAUGUGAAUUCCAAAAUUAUUCAAAAUUAUCCAAAAAACCAGAAACCAAUCCAUAAUCGAAUUGAAGUCAAAACUGUAUUGGAUUUGUAAUAUUGUUAUCUGAACUAAACCGAAAACUAAAAUAAGCAAACUGAAACUACACCUAAAUUCAUAAAUAACUGAACGGUUUCUCUAUUUCUUGAAUAAAAAAAUUAAAAAUCACAAUUGAACCGGAGCCGUACCAAAAAACGAAAAUAAUCUGGAACCAAACCGAAAACAAAAAAAAAAAUCUGGAACUAAACCAAAACCCAAAUAUUAGUGAACCAACAUACAAACAAAUUAAUAGAUUUGUUAACAAAACUAAUCCCGCGCUUUCAAAGCGCGGAUCAAAAUCUAGUUUUCAUUAUUGUAUCUUUCACCACUAUACUAAUUACAUUUAAGGGCUCGAGUUUUUAAAUGUGCCUCAGGUCUCUACAGACCCUCGUACUGCACUGAUUCGAGGACGGAGAUGAUAUCCAUUUUAUUGAUUUCUUGAUAUUAAAUUCUUUUUUUGUGUUACGUUAUGAUUUUUUAUUACUUCAAAGAUGGGAUUAUAUCUACUUCUAUGGAACUUUUUAUAUUCAAGGUUUGAUUAUACAAAUUGACCGGUAACGUCCAAAUAUGCGUAUGGUCAACCAAAAGUAUAUACUUUUACCAAGAAAAAGUAUAUAAAACUUUCCAAAACUUCUUACAGUCACACUUUCUUUAUUACACUAUACAAAUUGUUUUUCCUAUAUAUUCAGCGAAACGACGAUUUCAACGCCACACAAUCCAACCCCUUCAAACAAAUUUUGUUUUUGUUUUUGAAAAAAAAUCUUUAAAAAAAAUGAAACUAAAGCAAACCAACGUGAUGUUUAUGGUGUUAGCCCUGAUCUCGGCAUUGGUUUUCCUACAAUCAGAAGCUGUUGAUCGUUGUCCGACAGGAAAUAUAAAUCUCGUACCAGGAUGUUUCGAUGCGUUGAGAUUAGCCUCGGACAAAGAUUACAGCAGGCUAUCAAGAGCUUGUUGCAGAGCAGUCUAUUCACUAGACUCUGAUACUUGCUUCUUUCUUUUCUAUCCUAGCCCAGCUUACUCUAUUAAGAUUUUCAAAAACAUUUGUCUUAAUGUUAAGUAUGUACCUGCUGGUUCACGUUUCUAAUAAAGAUUUUAAUAA